GUAGUGUGCGUCAAUAUUCCCGGAAGCGUGCUGUGCGUUGGAUUUGAGCUGCUCCCUCCUCGCCAUUUAGUGGCGCGUACUCCAGCGUAGCAGCAGCAUAACGUAGACUAUGGCAGAGCAGGAUCCCACCCCGGAACAGCUGGCGGCCAUCGCAGCGGCCAACGAGGAGGCGGAGGGCGGGGUUAACUACAAGCCCCCCGCCCAGAAGAGUCUGCAGGAGAUCCAGGAGCUGGACAAGGACGACGAGAGUCUGCGCAAGUACAAAGAGGCCCUGCUAGGGAACGCCGCCGCGGCUGCAGUAGACCCCAACGCUCCCAAUGUCCAGGUGACACGCUUGACCCUGAUGUGUGAGACGGCGCCACUGCCCCUGACCCUUGACCUACAGGGAGACCUGGAAUCCUUUAAGAAACAGUCCUUUGUCCUGAAGGAAGGCGUGGAGUACAGGAUAAAGAUCAGCUUCAAGGUCAACAAGGAGAUUGUGUCGGGACUGAAGUAUGCCCAGCAGACCUACAGGAAAGGAGUCAAGGUUGACAAGUCAGACUACAUGGUAGGGAGCUACGGGCCGCGGCCGGCAGAGUAUGAGUUCCUGACCCCUCUGGAGGAGGCCCCUAAAGGCAUGCUGGCCCGCGGCACCUACAACAUCAAGUCCAAGUUCACUGAUGACGAUAAGCACGACCACCUCUCCUGGGAGUGGAACCUCAACAUCAAGAAAGAGUGGAAAGACUGAGUCCCCGUCAACUUAAUUCUUCCCCAUCCCCUCUUCUGUUCAUCCCUCAGUCUUAUUCCCCCACCAUUAUUUUGAAUUUAUAAUUAUGUGAUAAGUAAUUAAGGCAAAUUGCUCUCUCGUCCACCCCAAUCCCUGCUGUAGUUUCAUUCCAAUCACUUUGUCAUGCCAUUCCCCCCCACAUGCACUCCUUGUGAAGCUGAGUAUUGAAUAUGUAGAGAAAGCAAACCAUGUGCACAAUCAUGAAUUUGUGUUUGUUAGUUUGUAUAUAAAUAUUUUAAAAAAUAAUGAAAAAACCGAUAGAUUGAUCUGUUAAUGCUCUUCAUAUGGAUGUCAUUGGUAAUCAGCUGUGUGAAUUCCUCAAUCCUUCCCCCUUCAUCCCGUCUUCUGUCUUACAUUCCUUUUUACCCCCCCUUCCUUCCGCUUGUUUUAUAUGACCAUGAUCUGCCUUGUAAUGCAUUUUAAAGGGGGUGUUGCUGUGUGUUAAAGGCUGUUGUAGGCCCAUACUGUACUCUUUGUUGACGUUGCCCUCUGUCAGUGGAAAGCCUUUGAGCAGAUUAUAUGUACCAGAGUCCACACAAUUUUGUUUAUUCUGGAACUGGUGUGAAUGCCUAAUGGUUAAGAGGCGGCAUCAACAGCACUUACCGCCAGUCUGCCAGAGGCACUGUGACCCCCUGCUGAAGGUGCAAGUGUGCCUCUCCCUGAUCAGGGUUUUGACCUCCCUACCUAGUUCAUUCAGCAGCCAUGUGGCCUUAAAGAGGAUUCCUGUAGAACUAACGAUGAAGGAAAUGAUCACUAAGAGCCAUUUGCCUUUAGAACAAGAACUGUCAGAUUCUUACGAGAACCUCCAACAGGGUUUGAGUAAAAGAGUAUUAGGCUAAAUGUGCAGGUGCUAACAUGAUCAGACAGACCAUUGAGAUGCUUGUACCUUCUUUCUAGAUUAGCCAGUAGAAGUAGACCAUGAAAGUGAACAGCGGCCAUCUCUGCUCCCUUCCCUCCUCACCAUGUCAGGUGGUCUCAAUGUGGACCACCUUCAGUGCCGUUUGCUGACAUGAAUGUGUUUAAUAUAAAGAACCUGGUUUUGUUAAGGAGCACAUUUUUUCUUAGUUGUCAAAUGCCCUCUAAGCAGAUCUCGAGGCCUUCUUUCAGUCACUAACUCCAUUACUGUAGCGUCUCAUAUGGGGCCUUGUGGGCAGAGAGGAAUGUCACACAAGGGUUGUUAAUCCGCUCACCUCGAGUAUGAAUCGACUCCAGGAUUACCAAAACUGGCUGUGCCUCUAGCCUUUACAACCACAAGCUGCUCUCUGCUAAGGUCUGUUGACUUUCAGACAUUCAGAAUGGGUGCUCAACAUCAAAUAGUUGAACUUUGACCCUGUGUAUAGACUCCUGGACCUGAUGUUUUAGGUCAGGUCUAACUUGUACACAGACCCAGAGUUUCAAGUAGAACGAGAACGGCCAAGACCUCUUACUACUACAUAACCUUGUUAUUUUUGUACACUCCAUUUUUCAACGUCAUAACCUAUGAUGUAGGGCUCGGGCUUUGUUUGGUUUCACUGGUUCAGUAUGCUUCAUUGGAUCAUUUUCAGUAUGGUUUUGAUUCUUUGUAACUACUCCUAUGCCACCUGGAGAUUACUGUUCACCUGUGUCACAUUAAAGUCUUCAGACUGGAA